GCUGGAGCAGCAAUGGCUGAGAAAAGACCACCAAAAGAAGAUCCGGUCAACAUGGUGAAGUUAAUGGCCAGGAACGUGCUUGAUGGCAUUUUUGAUGAUUUGAUGGAAAAUAAAGUGUUAACUAGGGGUGAGUUACAAAGAUUAGGGGAAGAAGUGGACCACAUUGUGAACAGGACUGGAGACCUGGUUGAUGAUCUCACUGAGAAAACGCAAAUGGCAGGCAAAAUAUUUAAGGACCGUUUCUUCAACCCCAAGAAACAACUGAGUUUAAAUAUAUCCAGUGAUGGAGAAUGAAGGCUGGACACGCCUGGCCUCAUCAUCUGCAACAAAGAAUUUGACUAUCUUUCUAAUCAAUAUGGUUCUGAGGUUGACCUUUUGGGAAUGCAAGAUUUGCUUGAAAACCUUGGAUACUCAGUGGUUGUAAAAGAGGAUCUCACAGUUCUGGAAAUGGAAACAGCGCUAAGACAGUUUGCUGCCCGCCAAGAGCACCAGUCCUCAGACAGCACAUUCCUUGUAUUUAUGUCACAUGGCAUCAUGGAUGGAAUCUAUGGGACAAAAUUCACAGAAAAAGACCCAGAUAUUCUUCGUGAUGAUACCAUCUUCCAAAUUUUCAACAGCCGUAACUGCCAGAGUCUAAAAGACAAACCCAAGGUCAUCAUUAUGCAGGCCUGCUGAGGCAAAGGUGCUGGAGUUGUUUGGGUGACUGACAUGGGAGAAGCCUCUGCAUAUAGGUAUGACCAGUUCUUGCAGUGUUCCAUCUGGAAUGAUGCCAUUACAAAGAGCCAUGUGGAGAAAGACUUCAUUGCUUUCAAAUCUUCGACUCCACAUAAUGUUUCUUGGAUACUUUACACAAAUGGCUCACUCUUCAUUUCCCAACUUAUCUACUACUUCAACGAAUAUUCUUGGUGUUAUCAUUUGGAGGAGAUUUUUCGAAAGGUUCAACAUUCAUUUGAGACCCCAAAUGUACUGACCCAGAUGCCCACGAUUGAAAGAGUAUCCAUGAUACGAUAUUUCUACCUCUUCCCAGGGAAUUAAAAUCAUGCAAAGCAUUCAGGUAAAUGUAUCCAAGAAGUGGAUUUGGGUUUUCCCUGCUCAGAGUCUAUACAAAAA